AGGAAACAAACAGCGUGAAAGAAAAGAUCGGGAAAGGACAAGAGACUCCGGGAGUAAAUUUAUCGCUGUCCUCGUCACAAAGCCAUCGGAGUGAAAAAAAAAACAGGAGCAGAGCUCGCUAAAUUUACAAAAUCUCUACCUUGAUUCCUCAGUCGACAUCGAUUAUAAGUUGAGAAUCGACCUAUAGCAAUGGCCCAGGAGACCAAUCAGAGCCCGGUUCCUAUCCUGUGCACCAUGGGUUGUGGUUUCUAUGGCAACCCUAGGAAUAAUGGCAUGUGCUCUGUGUGCUACAAGGAGAACCUGAGUCGACAGCAGAGCAGCGAUCGCAGCCCGGUGAGCCCUCUGGCAGGCAGCCCUUCAUCUGAGACGGCGGCCAUGCAGAGACUAGACGGAAGCCUAAACAAAGCGGAGGCGACGUGCGCAGAAUCAGCAUCAGAAGGCAUGUUGGCCGCAGCCUCCCUGCCUGUCACGCAACAGAUGACAGAGAUGAGUAUUUCCAGAGAGGAGAAAAGCCCAUCUCCUACACCGCACGUUGCGGAAGCAGUCAUUAGCCAGCCAACUUCCUCCUGCUCGCCUCUUAGCGAUGUGGCCAAGAGUCCAGACUCGGACAAACCCAAAAAGAACCGCUGCUUCACUUGCCGCAAGAGGCUCGGACUCACAGGGUUCGGCUGCAGGUGCGGUCAGCUCUUCUGUGGCAUUCACCGCUACUCGGACAAGCACAACUGCACGUAUGACUACAAAGCCGAGGCGGCCGCCAAAAUUCGUAAAGAAAACCCAGUGGUGGUGGCCGACAAGAUCCAGAGAAUAUAAAGCACGGAAAGACACGAAUUAUUGAGCUACAACAGAUAAACGGACUUAUGUGUUUUUUGCUAUUAAGAAAAAAGAAGGCGGGGGAAAAAUACAGUGCUGUGUGACGACCAUGCAUUAAUUACCGUUUGGUUUUAAAUAUUCAUAGUUUUGUUUUUUUUCUUUUUUCUUUCUUUGGGACGCUUUUGCCUGCUGUGCCAGCUCUUUUGCCAUAGUUUUGCUUUGUUUCAGGGAAUGGUAAGAUAUAAGUAAUACUUAUAACUGCAUCAAAAAUGGAAAUCUGAGGCUUAUCAUUUAUAGCUGAUUUUGUUCAUAAGUAUUGGAUCAUUGCCUUUUUAGAAAUCGCAUGGUUUGCCAAAAUGAGGUUGUGCAAUUUAGCGUUGUUAGCAGGGAGUUCUCUGACUUUUUUUUUUUUUUUAAAGUGCUGUUCUACAACUGGUUUUCUUCCAGUCUGGAUUAGUAGACAAUUUCUUCCUCGAUCUUUCACUCCAGCCUGUACAGUAAAAGGUCAAACAGAUCGACUUUCUAAAUAGGCUGCCUGUCCUGGUUAUCAAUCAUUCAUCCCUUUUCCCCAUAACAAUUUCAGAAUGUGAACAUUACUACUGUGAGCCGCUGGCAGGCGGAUGGACGGCGGAGAUCCAAAGGGCACCACCGUUGUCGUUCGAGCUUCUUUCACGGCACAAUAGAUAACUAUGGGGUUGUGUUUUUUGUUUUAUCAUUCGAGUGCAGUUAUUUAGGCAUUUAUUUGGUGUUUGUGAGCGUGCAUGUGCGUGCGUGAGUGUGAGCGAGAGGGAGUGAGCGACAUGCAGUCCUUCCUGACUCAGUUACAUUUGGACAUUUGAUGCUCCACAUCCAGAUCAGUGUUUUGUUGUGUGUGAGCACUAGCACCCGUAACUGAACUCCUCUCUGUGUGUGUGUGUGUGUGUGUAUCUGUGUGCUGUGACGGCCCCGGGAGUGACGAAACCGUAUGUAUCUGUUUGAGUUUUAAUUUCAGAUGUUAGUUGUAUGCAAAUUUGUAGAAAAGAAAAACCUGUUCAUAUUUAUGUACUGCAUUUAAUUGAUUGUUACUUUUGCCAUUAAUGCAAAAAAUAUUGUGUAUAUAAAAAUGUACAGAAUAAAAUUAAAAAUGAAUCACA